AUGGUUGUUCGACAUGUAGAUACAUUAACCAAAGUCGCGGACCUUGAUGAUACUCGCUAUUUGAAAGUAGGUUAUGUUGAUGGGGUGUUAAAGGAACAAGUAGUUGUCCCUAGGACGUAUGAAGAAAUCGCGCACCUAAGCACGGAUGAUUGCCAUUUAGUAGGUUAUGUUGAUGGGGUGUUACUAAUACACACACAUAAUUACCGUGUUAAUUUUGGACAAUUACGGAUUUUGUUGUGGAAUCCUUCAAUUCGAAAGGUUUUUGACGUUCCUUUAACUAAAGAGAGAUUUUGUGCUACUACAAAUUUCGGGUUUGGUUAUGAUCAUGUGAGUGAUGAUUAUAAGGUUGUUGCUGUUGAUACGCGGUCCAACUAUUCGAAAAGUAAGGUUUAUAGACUAAGAGCAGGUUUAUGGUCUUCACUGAAGUACAAUAUUCGUAGGAGAUCAUAUCCAACUAUUCCUAAGCUUUACUUGAAGAAUUUCUCGUCUACAACGAAUUUUGAAGGUGCAAUUUAUUGGCUUGCUAGUGAUGAUAUGAAGAGAAGAGCAAGGUAUUCACAUCUAUUGUGUUUUAAUGUAUCAAGUGAGGCUUUUACUUGUGUAAAAUUGCCUAAUCUUGAACUCGAAGAAGGCGGGAAGCAGCCACCAAAGAGAUGUCCAUCAGUUGUGGAUAAAAAGCUGGCAAUUAUAGACUUUUCUUUUACAUUUCAGCAGGUUUGUGUUUGGGUGAGGGAUGUUUAUGGCGCAAAUGGUCAUUAUCCUUGGACAAAACGGUAUAGUGUGAAUCUUCGCGUUCAUAAAUUCUUGUGCUUGAGGGAGAAUGCUGAAUUAUUGUUCUAUGGAAAAUCGAGGCAGGUGUUCUCAUAUGACUUCAAAACUCAACAAUUAAAGAAUCUUGGAAGACAUGAUAGGCAGAUCGUCGAAUUUAUGGAUACUUAUAAAGAAGCUUAG